AAAUGCAAAGGAAGUUUCUUAGUUGGAAAGCGCUGUCUCCAAUUCAUAGGUUUCUCUAUCUCUAUACCUAUAUAUAUAUGUUAACACAAUAUUAAUUCCUAUAUAUCUAUCUUCCAUGGUCAUAUGAUCGUUAAUUAACCUCCAUGGCCACGAGUCGAGUCUCCCACGUCUUAGGGUCUCUUCUAUGUAUCUCUCUUCUUCUCCUGUUGGUCUCUGAAGGUUUCUUUGUUAGGCUCAGCUCCAUGUCCUCCUUAAAGCCUUACCCUUCUCCGGUUAUUAGCUCGCUGCGACCAGGAAGAAGAGCUUUUGUGGUAAGUAAGUUUGACUUCACACCGUUCAUGGACCUUCGCGGACAAGAUCAUCAAGAUGUUUCACAGCUGGGAGGAUCUGAUAUCGACCCGAUAUAUGGCGUCGAGAAACGGCUCGUUCCAUCUGGUCCAAACCCCUUGCACCACUGAUUGUCUUCUUAUAUAUUUCCUUUAUUAAUUUGUUUCUGUCGACUUGAUAGUAAAAACUAAAAAGAAUAUACUACACACGAUUUAAUUCAUAUAAAGCUACUAAUAUUUA